UAUUUGACAGCAGCGUCGGCGAGUUGUGAUUUGCAAAAAUUUACACUGCACAUACCAAGAGAAAAUAAUAAAAUAUUGUUUAGAAAUUUAUUUUAUUUAAAAUACACAAUUAAAUAAAAGUAUCACAAAAUAAAAUGGCACAACCCACAGUUAAUGUAGCUGGCUACUUGGCAAAUCAAAAGAAAACAACAAAUAAAGAAUUAGCCUCUGAAUGGGCUGCCUUGGAAGAUCUAUACAAUGAAAAAUUAUGGAAUGAAUUGACCAUAAAAUUGAAUAAAUUUGUACGUAAUGCUGCUAUGCAGGAUGAGGAUGCCUUACUGCAGUUGUAUCAGAAUUUUUUGCAAACUUUUGAAAUGAAAAUAAAUCCCUAUGGUUUAGUUGAGAUUGUGGAAGUUAUUGUCGAACAUAUUACCGAUAAAAAGGAAGCUGUUGAAUUUUUGGGUAAAAUUAAAGAUAAAGUAAAGAUUUGUGAUGAAGCUGUUUGGUAUGUUCAGGUUCUUCAAGGUAACAUCUACCUGUCAGAUCUUAAUGAUUUGGAUGCUUGCAAGAAAAUCAUUGAAGAAUUACGUGACAUCUUGGAAGAUGUCGGCAAUGUAACACCCGUUCAUGGCAAAUACUACAUGCUAGCUUCACAAUACUACCGUCGUGUGGGUAAACACAGUGAUUAUUAUCGUUGUGGUUUACAAUUUUUGGGUUGUUCUAUCGAUGACUAUCCUAAAGAUCAAUGGGCACAACAGGCAUUCUUUUUAGGUUUGGCCGCUUUAUUAGGCGAUGGCAUUUAUAAUAUAGGAGAAUUGCUGGCCCACCCAAUUUUGACCUCUUUGAAGGGAACAGAAAACGAAUGGUUGAUGGAAUUGCUUAAAGCUUUCAACGUAGGAGAUAUUAAAAAAUUUAAUGAAAUGAAACCUGUUUGGUCAAAAAUUCCCGACUUGCUUGCACAAGAAAUUAAACUGCGUCAGAAAAUCUCUCUUUUAUGUCUGAUGGAAAUGACUUUCAAACGUUCCGCUACACAACGUUCCAUUUCCUUUGAGGAUAUUGCUAAUGAAACACAAUUGCCCCUUAAAGAGGUAGAAUUGUUAAUUAUGAAAGCUUUAGCGUUGGAUUUGGUUAAAGGAGAAAUUGAUCAAGUGGCGGGUGUUGUUAAUAUGUCUUGGGUUUUGCCACGUGUUCUCGAUCGUCCACAAAUAGCUAGCAUGGCUACGACUUUGGAUAAUUGGAUGUCUAGUAUUAGUUCUAUGGAAAAACUAAUGGAAUCACGUGCCGCUGAAAUUUUAACCAACUAGUAUAGUUGCUAUAUGUAUAUGCAAAAAUAUUUAAUUUAAAACUCAAAUAAUAAAAACACAUAUUUUGUAAAUUAUCA